AUGACGGACGCCACGAAAUCCCUUUUGGAGUACGGUAUUCCUGAUACGACUACCGGACUUAUUUCUAGCAUUGUCAGGCCACCUGUAACGGCUCAGCACUUUGAGCUUAAGCCACAAUUCAUUGAAUUUAUCUCCAAUGAUUCAUUCGCAGGCUUACCGCAUGAUUGUCCGGUAAGUCAUAUUGAUAGUUUUCUGGAGAAAUGUGAUACAAUGAAAAUGAAUGGUGUAACAGAUAAUGCUAUUAGACUACGCCUUUUCCCCUUCUCAUUACGGGAUAGGGAAAAGGAGUGGUUGAGAGAUGAAGGCACUGGCUCGUUCGAUACGUGGGACAAGCUAGUGAAGGCCUUCUUAGUGAAGUUUUUGGGACACGAGAAGACUGCUAGGUUGAGGAAUGAGUUAUCCACUUUUAAACAGUCAGAUGAUGAGUCUCUCUAUGAGGCUUGGAGAAGGUUUAAGAGGCUACAGAGACAAUGCCCUCAUCAUGGCAUUCCAGAGUGGAUAUUAAUUCAAACCUUCUAUAAUGGCAUGACUCAUGAGUUCAGAAUCUAUAUUGAUGCUGCGUUAGGAGGCUCUCUCUUGACAAAGAACCCCACUAAAGCAAAGGAACUUAUAGAGAAGAUGGCAGCCAAUGGUAACUAUCAUCCAGGAGGCCGAAAUAAUGUGAAAAAAGGAGGUAAGCUUGAUGUAGAUGCUUUGACUAUGUUAGCCAGUUCUGUGCAGGCACUAACAAGCAGGUUUGAUAAGUUCCAAGCUGGAACUUCUACUAGCCCCCGGGAAGUUUGUCAAAUGUGUAAUGUGCAGGGCCAUAUCGCACCAAAUUGCCCGCAUAACCCGAGUGUGAUGUUCAUUGAACAAGACAAUGCUUUCUACUCCUCAAAUCCCAAAAAUCCUUAUGAUCCCUACUCAAAUUCCUAUAAUGAAGGUUGGAAACACCAUCCAAACUUAUCAUACAAGAACACCCAAGCACAGCAGAAUCCAUCACCACCACCCCAACCCAACAACUACAACCAACCACUACCCGAUUUCCAACAAAGACCAUCCAUGAACCAACAACUAAUGCAACCACAACCCCAAAAAUAA